AUGAGAUACCGCCUCCCACCCACGAGGAUGGCUACUGUCAAAAAAAACCCCAAAACAAAACAGAAAAUAAGACAUCCUGUGCUGGAGAGGACCUGGAGGAAAUUGGAAACCAUGUGUGCUGCCAGUCAAAAUGUAACAUGCUACAGCCGCUGCGGAAUACCGGUGUCCUGGCUCCUCCGGAGAUCAAACAUAGACUUCCCAUACGAUCCGGCAACUCCACCUCUGGGUAUACACCCCAAAGAACUGAAAGCAGGGUCUCGAAGAGCCGUUUUUAAGGAGGGGAAGCCCUAUGGCAUUGAGCCCAUGGACACUUCAAAACGGUUUGAACAUGUGUUGUACACCAUGGCACACCAAGCUCGAGUCUCCUGUAGUGUCACUUCCAAAGGCAGCCAAGCCGUGUCCACCAGCCGGCAACGAGGGAGCAGGAAGCCUCGCAGUCUACAGGCACUGUCCUCCUUUUGGUCACACACCAAGUACGUGGAGAUGUUCGUCGUGGUCAACAACCAGCGGUUCCAAAUGUGGGGCAGUAAUGUCAAUGAGACAGUCCAGAGAGUAAUGGACAUCACUGCUCUGGCCAACAUCUUCACUAGGGGAAUAAACACCGAGGUGGUGCUGGCUGGAAUGGAGAUUUGGACCGAGCGGGACCUCAUAGAAGUCCCAGCGGACUUGCGAGUUACACUCAGGAAUUUCAAUAGCUGGAGACAGGAGAAACUCUUCCAUCGUGUGAAGCACGAUGUUGCCCACAUGAUCGUGGGACAUCAUCCUGAAGAGGAUGUGGGACAGGCAUUUCUCAAUGGUGCCUGUUCAAGAGGCUUUGCAGCAGCUGUUGAAUCCUUCCAUCAUGAAGAUGUCCUCCUGUUUGCAGCGCUCAUGGUCCACGAGCUUGGGCACAACUUGGGUAUUCAGCACGACCACUCGGCCUGCAUUUGUAACGAUAAACGCUUUUGCCUCAUGCAUGAGAAUAUCACUAAAGAAAGUGGCUUCAGCAACUGCAGCUCUGACCACUUUUACCAGUUCCUCCGGGAACACAAAGGGGCCUGCCUAUUUAACAAGCCUCGGCCCAAGGGUCGCCUGCGUAGGCAAGCCACCUGUGGAAAUGGCGUGUUGGAGCAGAAUGAGGAGUGUGACUGUGGACCUGACUGUGGUGGUAACCCAUGCUGUGACCAAACAUGUAAACUGAAGGAAAACGCAAAGUGUAGUUCUGGACCCUGCUGUAAUCAAACGUGUGGAUAUAUGGUAAAGGGAAACUUGUGUCGUUCUGCUUCUGGAGAGUGUGACCUCCCAGAAUAUUGUGAUGGUACCUCUGACAAAUGUCCCACUGACACAUACAAGCAAGAUGGUACACCUUGUCAAAGAGUUUACUAUUGCAUUCAGGGUGUGUGCAAGACGCCUGAUACUCAAUGUAUAAAUGUUUUUGGGUACCCUGCAAGAUCUGCUCCAGAAGAGUGUUAUAUUUCCAUGAACACUAGAGGGGACCGGUUUGGAAACUGUGGACUUCCCACUCCAGCUCCUCCAGAGCCCACAGAAAAGGGUCCAGAAGUUGCUGCAGUAAAGCCCCCAGGAGCACAGCCUGCUCCAGAAGAGGCAGCGGAUGAGGUUCCGCAAGAAGAGGAAGAGGAAGAGGAAGAGGAAGAGGAAGAAGAGGAGGAAGAGGAAGAAGAGGAAGAGGAAGAAUCAGAGCCAUAA